GUGAACAACCAAUUUUUACAUGCAAAGCGCAUGUAUUCCACAUAGACCCAAAAACCAAGAGGUCGUGGGUUUCAGCAUCUACAGCUGCUGUGUCUGUAUCUUUCUUUUACGAUUCAACCAGAAGUUUAUACAGAAUUAUUUCUGUCGAAGGGACAAAGGCGGUUAUAAAUAGCACAAUUACUCCAAACAUGACAUUUACUAAAACUUCACAAAAAUUUGGCCAAUGGUCGGAUGUGAGAGCCAACACUGUUUAUGGUUUAGGUUUUUCAUCAGAAGCUGAAUUAGGAAAGUUCAUUGAAAAAUUUCAUGAAGUCAAAGAAGCUACUAAAGUAGCUGGGGCCAAAUUGCAAUCAAAUAGCUCUUCAGUAACCCCAUCAACUAGUGCAAAUGUCAGUCCAAUCACUCAACGUUCUUGUAUGCCUUCAUCAGAACAAGAUUUAAUAGACCCUCCUAAUUCCUCGAUGAUUAAUUCAAAUACAUCGGCUUCAAACAAUCCAAACCCAAAUACAAGUAUGAUUUCUGCGCAAAAUAGUGCAUCUUCAGUCAGUAGUAGCCCUUUACCUGGAAAUUGUCAAUCUAAAGUUGAUGAAGAGUUGAAAAAUGCAAUUCAUGCAAGGUCUCAACAAAUAGCUUUGGCUCAACAACAGAGUAUUGAAAGUCCACAGCAUCAAGGAAAAUCAGGGCAACUUAGUUCUAAUCAAGUCAAUCAAUCAUCUGAAUUGCAAUUAAAAUAUGAAAAUGAUAGACUUAAACUUGCUCUUGCUCAGAGUUCUGCUAAUGCCAAGAAAUGGGAGGUUGAAUUAGCGAUGCUCAAAACAAAUAAUACUAGGUUAACGAGUGCAUUGCAAGAGUCCACAGCUAACGUUGACGAAUGGAAGCGACAGUUACAAAUGUAUAAAGAAGAAAAUGCUCGAAUUAAAGCAAGGUACACCGAUUUAGAAAAUGGAAAAAUAUCUGAGGGUAACAGUGAAGCUCUGAAAUUAAGAGUUGAAGCAUUGGAAAAUGAAUUAAGAACCCGUAAUGAUGAGCUAAAAGCUAUGACUAUGACUGCAAAAAAUAAAGAUUUUAUUAGCUUGCAAAAAGAAAACAAUGAACUUCGUCAUACAUUAAGCGUGGUUCACGAACAAUUAGAGCUUGCGUUAAGUUCAAAUAAAGUUCAAAAACAAAACUUGGAAACGUUGAACUCUCGAUUGGCUGGUUAUAUUCAAGACUUAGCUACAGUGCAUCGAGAAAUUACGAACACACUGCAAACUUAA